AUCUCAAAUUAAUAUUAUGUUUAUGAGUGUUUGUUUAUUUUAGCUUAAACAUGCAGCAAACGUUGUGUUUUGUCGUCUAUUUUGGGUUUUUCUGAUUGCGUAAAACGAUUAACUGCAAAGAUAUUGACCACAAAAUGUCGGAUAUGGAUGAUGGUGACUUUAUGUGUGAUAGCGAUGUAGAUUACGACUUGGAAUAUUCAGAAGACGAUAACUCAGAACCUGAUGUUGACUUGGAAAACCAAUAUUAUAAUUCAAAAGCUCUUAAAGAGGAUGAUGCUGCUUUGGCACUUGAGAGUUUUCAAAGGGUGCUCGACUUAGAGGAACAAAAGGGAGAAUGGGGGUUUAAGGCUUUAAAACAAAUGUCAAAAAUCAAUUUUAAGCUUGGUAGAUAUGAAGAAAUGAUGAGUAGAUAUAAGCAGCUUUUAACGUACAUAAAGAGCGCUGUGACGAGAAAUUAUUCUGAAAAAUCAAUUAACUCUAUUCUUGAUUACAUUUCAACAUCAAAACAAAUGGACUUGCUUCAACAUUUUUAUGAAACUACACUUGAAGCAUUGAAGGAUGCAAAGAAUGAUCGCUUGUGGUUUAAAACGAAUACUAAACUUGGGAAGUUGUAUUUUGAUAGAGAUGAAUAUAAUAAAUUAGCAAAGAUACUGAAGCAGUUACAUCAAUCCUGCACAACACAAGAUGGCGGUGAUGAUAUGAAGAAAGGAACUCAACUGCUGGAAGUUUAUGCUCUUGAAAUACAAAUGUACACGGCACAGAAGAACAACAAGAAACUCAAACAUGUUUAUGAACAAUCUCUUCACAUCAAAUCCGCAAUACCCCAUCCUUUUACAAUGGGUGUGAUACGGGAGUGUGGUGGCAAAAUGCAUCUAAGAGAGGGAGAGUAUGACAAAGCACAUACUGACUUUUUUGAGGCGUUCAAGAACUACGAUGAGUCUGGUAGCCCAAGAAGAACGACAUGUUUAAAGUAUUUGGUGCUAGCUAACAUGCUUAUGAAGUCUGGUAUCAAUCCAUUUGACUCUCAAGAAGCAAAACCUUAUAAAAAUGAUCCAGAUAUAUUAGCUAUGACAAAUCUUGUCAGUGCUUACCAAAACAAUGAUAUUGCUGCCUUUGAGUCUAUCGUUGCAGCCAACAGAGCAAGUAUAAUGCAGGAUCCUUUCAUUCGUGAACAUAUAGAAGAUCUUUUACGUAAUGUUCGAACACAAGUGUUAUGUAAACUUAUACGACCUUAUACAAGAAUUAGGAUUCCGUUUAUAUCAAAGGAACUUAAUAUUGAUACAGAUGAAGUGGAGAGUCUGUUGGUUUCUUGUAUAUUAGAUGGAACAAUACAGGGUCGUAUUGAUCAAGUAGAACAGGUCCUUGUAAUUGAUCAACACAAUGCUGCGCUGUCGUCACGCUACCAUGCUAUUGAUAGGUGGACAGAACAAUUGUCUACGUUACACCUCGCUGUAGCAAACCGAUUGUUCUGAAAGAAAGGGUUGUAAUAUUUAUCCUUAUUUCGACAAUCCUCAAGUGAAUAUGGGAGUGGUGAAACACAAUCGUGAUGGAUUCUAUGCCUUGUUGUGUACUUUAUACAACCAAAAGUUCAGAUCACCAUAUUUAAACCCACACCAAUUAAAGUUACACUGAUUAUAUAUUUAUGGAAAAAUGUCACAGUCACAAAAAUAUAAAUGUGGCUCACAUUUGGUGCUUUCGAUUUCUUAAGCAAUAAAUCAUUUGAUUUCUCAUAAUA